AUGGUGGCCUUCCUGAUGCUGGCCCUGCUCCUGGGGUCCACUGCCGACACCGAUGACAACGGCGAGGGCGCCAUCAUGCGCGCGCUGCGUGACACGCGGCCUAACACAGACUUGCUGGACCGCAUCAGGGGGACGGGGUGGCUCCCCGGCAGCACCCGCCACCAUUGCACGUGGAACGGGGUCAAGUGCGACAGUCAGGGGCACGUGGUCAGCAUAUACACCUUGACAGUCAAUUAUGCCAGGGCCUCCCCGGGGGCGCAGCAGACCACCCCCGACAACGCAACCGGCGGCCGCGAAGCGUCGGCGGGGCCGCGGGCGGCCGGGGCCGCUGCCCCCUCGCCUGCUGCCAGCGCGCUGUUGCCGGAGCUGGCGCAGCUGCGGUGGCUGGAGGUGCUCAACUUGGAGGUGGUCAUUCCGCCCUCGCGCCCCGGCCCCCGCCCCGGCGGCCUCCCAAGGGAGUGGUGGUUGCCGGGCGCCUUCCCUCGCCUGAAGCAGCUUUCCAUCAUGGCGCCUUCGGUCGAUACCGUGCCGCUGCCGGAACUAGCACCGGGGGUGCUGCCGCAGCUGGAGGUGCUCAAGCUGGAGCUGGCAGCCCUGCGCACCACGCUGCCCGCCAGCUGGGGCAGCAGCCCUGCCGUGCUGCCGGCCCUUCGCGAGCUGCGGCUGGAGGCCCAGUUUGAAGGCGGCCUGCCCCCGGCCUGGUCCGGCGGCUUCAGGCGCCUCCAGCAGUUGCACCUCAUCCACACGCAGCCAUCGCUGCCAGCGUGCCUCGCGCCCUCCGCGCUGCCGGCAGCGCAGCUGCCCGGAGCGCCUGCUGCCGGCCCUCCCCGAGAGCCAGAGGAGCCGCCGGCAGGCCUGCCGCCGCAGUGGGCAUUGGGCUUCCCCAACCUGGCGCUGAUGCAGCUUUCCGACUUGAGGAUUGGCGGGCCCUUCCCGCCGUCCUGGCAGACUGGCUUUCCAGCCCUGGUUGACCUGCACCUGGUGCGGAGCCAGCUGACCGGCACGCUGCCAGAGCUGCUGCUGCAGCGCCACCAGCCGCCACUGGAGUACCUGUCGCUGUACGCCAACUGCUUCCACGGCCCUCUGCCUGACGGAUGGGGGCUGGCGACAGAGGUCGAGACGCUCAACCUGGCGCACAAUGCGCUGGCAGGCCCCGCCUUCCCGCCUGCCUGGCUGCGCCCGGGGGCCAUGCCGCGCCUCAAGUUCUUCAAUUUGAUCGGGAACCGCGGCCUGAGGGGCACCCUGCCCGCCAACCUGGCCUGGCCUGUCCUGGAGCAGCUGGAGCUGUGGGGCACGCGGGUGGAGGGCAGCAUCCCCCAGGAGUGGUGCCGCGCCCCGUUUGCGCAGAACCUGACUGCAAUCUGGAUUGCGGGCACGCAGGUGGUUCCCAGGCUGCCGCCGUGUGCCGCGGAAGCCAUGCCGAACCUAGAGUUGCGCACCAGCCAGGAUGCAACCGGCACUUGGGGCAGGUCGGCGCAGCUGCCCGCGCCGCCGCCGCGGCGGCAGCUGGCGCUGGCCGCCGCGCUGGCCGCUGCCGCGGGCGGGCUUGCGGCGGCCGGGGCGGCUGGCUGGGUGCUGUGGCGCUGCAGGACUCGUGGCCAGGCUUUCCGGCUCGCCAACAGCGACAGCCAACCGCUGCUGCCCGCACAACAGCACGCCGGCGACGGCGGCAAGCUACCAGCUGACUUGGGUGCCGGCCUGCGGCCUGUCAGGAGGGCGCGGCUGGCAGCUCUGCUGCAGGCUGGCUCAGGUGCCGGCCGCGGCGCGGGGAUAGAGAUGGUGCCAAUGAUGGCGCUCCCAGCGGCGCUAGCACACCAGCUCCCCGGCACAGAGAAAGGCGCAGGCGGCAGCGAGGAUUUGGCGGCAGGGCAGUCAGGCAGCCACACCUGCCAGCCGCCUGUCUCUGCUGCCGGGGCAGCUGAUGUGGAGGAGCAGGAGGGGCAAGUCGGGGCUCCUCACAGCCGGCAGUGGGGCCUCAACACCACCUCGCUGCUGCUACAGUCUGAAGAGCUUGAGCUGGUGGUUGGCGCCGACGGGCAGCUGGUGGAGCUAGGGGAGGGGGCCCAUGCAGUGGUCUACCUAGGAAAGCUUUCGGGCUCACACGUGGCAGUCAAGGUGUUUGAGCUGGGGUCGGGGGUGCACUCCAGCGCGGUGUGGCGCGAGGCAGCCAUGCUAAGGGACUGCGGCCACGCCCGCAUCGUGCCGCUGUUCGGUGUGGCGCUCAAGGGCCAGAUUGUCUUGCUGGCUAUGGACCUGAUGAAGGGAGGCACACUGAGGGCGGCGCUGCAGGAUGCGCACAAGCGGGCAGCGCUCCACUGGCUUGCCAGGGGCCGCCAGGUGGCGGCUGACGUGGCGGGUGCGCUGGACUACUUGCACCGCCGCAACGUCAUGCACGGAGACCUGAGCAGCAGUAACGUGCUGCUGGAUGGUAGCCUUGCGGGGCACAUUGGCGACCUGGGCAUGGCCCGGUUCGUGGCCGGCAGCGUGCUCACCGCUGCAGGCUUCUGCUUGACGCACGCAGCCGACAUCUACAGCCUCGGCAUCCUGCUGGUCGAGCUGACCACGCAGCAGGCUGUGCUGAAACGUGGAGCCUGGCGCCUCCCACUGGCCCCCCAAGAGUGCUCCCCGGCAGUGCUUGCUCUCAUCGAGCGCUGCACUGCGGCGGACCCGCUGCAGCGCCCCUCCACUGCCCAGGUGCUGCAGCGGCUGCAGGCGGAGGGAGGAUAA